ACAAAAAACUAGACCAUAGUUGGUUUUUUGGCGGCAAUCGACUGUCACUUUUCUCUAAAAUGAGUGGUGUGAGGUGUGUGUAGUGUUGUUUUGAUUUUUGCACUAGUAUAAAUCGGGUUGUAUCGGGUGAAGUGUAGUUUUUAUUUUUAAAAAGAUUACAUUCAUUUUGUAAGAUGCCCGAGGUAAUGAUAUCAGGUAUACCUGUAACUUUCCCUUUCGAUCCUUAUGAUGUACAAAAAGCUUACAUGGAAAAAGUGAUAGAAAGUCUUCAGAACAAUACGAACGCUUUACUGGAGUCUCCUACAGGCACGGGGAAGACAUUAAGCUUACUUUGCUCUUCACUAGCAUGGUUGUUAGUCAAGAAAGCCCAAUUACAAAUGAAUGCGCAGGUAGGAAACUUUUCGGAACAUGGUAACUUCAGUGGAACUUUGCGCGACACUUUAAAGUCUGGCGCUGGUAAAGCUAAAGAAAAUGCUUCGUGGGGAAUGCCCAAAAUCAUUUACUCAUCUCGAACCCACUCGCAGUUGACUCAAGCCAUGCAAGAAUUAAAGAGAUCAAGUUACAGGCAUGUCAAAGCCACUGUGUUGGGGUCAAGAGAUCAAAUGUGCAUUCAUCCUGAAGUGUCUAAAGAGACCAACAAUUCAAAUAAAGUACACAUGUGCCAACUAAGAGUAAAAUCACGAACAUGCCAUUUUUUUAAUAAUGUUGAAUCUAAGAAAGAGGAUAGAUCGGUAAAAGGUGAUGAGAUUUUAGAUAUAGAAGACUUAGUUUCUGUUGGUAAGAAAUUAAAAUGUUGUCCUUAUUAUUUAUCAAAAGAACUGAAGCAAGAUGCUGACAUUAUAUUUAUGCCAUACAAUUAUAUUUUGGAUCCUAAGUCGAGGAAAGCAAAUGGAGUUGACUUAAUGAAUAACAUAAUUAUUUUAGAUGAAGCGCAUAAUGUGGAGAAAAUGUGUGAAGAAUCUGCAUCAUUGCAAAUCAGGACUACUGAUGUUGCCCUUUGCAUUGAUGAGAUCACCCAUGUAAUGAAAUCAUUCAGUGAGAAUUCGGAGGAACAUAUGGAUAUGUCACUAGAUAACAACCAACCUAAGGAUUUCACUUGUGAAGAUUUGUGUGUCUUGAAAGAAAUAAUGCUGGCAUUUGAGAAAGCUAUAGAUGAAAUAAAUGUUGGUACUGAAGGUAGUACAUAUCCGGGAGGCUUCAUAUUCGAACUCUUAGCUAAAGCCGAGAUCAAGGAUCAUAAUCAAAUGGCUGUUAUUACUUUGAUUGGAAAUUUAAUACAGUAUUUGUCAACAGCUAGUGCAUCACCUUUUCAACGUAAAGGAGUUGGAUUACAAAAAAUGGUUGACUUGCUCACUGUUGUUUUUAGUGGUACUACACAUGCUUAUAAGGAAAGGGUUAAAAUGUGUUACAAAGUGCAUGUUGAAGUUGAAGAUAAGAAGAAUAAUAAGAAAAGUGAUGGAUGGGGAGCUUUAAAAAUUGCUAGUACUAAAACUUCUGAGCGUGUACUCAGCUAUUGGUGUUUCAGUCCAGGGUUUGGCAUGAAGCAACUGAUUGAACAGAAUGUCAGAAGUAUUAUUCUAACCAGUGGAACAUUAGCUCCUUUGAAACCCUUGAUAUCAGAGUUAGGUAUUCCAAUUGGAGUCCAGUUAGAAAAUCCACAUAUUGUUAAAGCAAAUCAAAUCUGUGUGAAAAUUAUAGGCCAAGGCCCAGAUUCUACACCACUUAAUUCAAAUUACCAGAAUAGAAACAAUCCUAAGUAUAUUUCAUCACUGGGCCGUACUAUAUUGAGUUUUUGUAGAGUAAUACCAGAUGGUUUAUUAAUAUUCUUUCCUUCAUACCCUAUUAUGACAAAGUGCCAAGAAAUGUGGCAAGCAGAAGGUAUAUGGUCAAGUAUCCAUAACAUAAAACCAAUUUUUGUGGAGCCUCAGAGAAAAGACACUUUUAAUGCUAUCAUAAAUGAAUAUUAUUCCAAAAUAAGUGACCCAAGUACCAAAGGUGCCUGUUUUAUGGCUGUAUGUAGAGGAAAAGUUUCAGAAGGUUUAGACUUUGCUGAUAUGAAUGGAAGAGCAGUAAUAAUAACUGGAUUACCAUUUCCACCUUUAAAAGAUCCAAGAAUCGUUCUCAAGAAAAAGUAUUUAGAAGAACUUAGAAUAAAAGAAAAAGAUUUUUUAUCAGGAGAUGAAUGGUAUUCAUUAGAAGCUACAAGAGCAGUGAAUCAAGCUAUUGGAAGAGUUAUAAGACAUCAAAAUGAUUAUGGAGCCAUCCUUCUUUGCGAUACUAGAUUCAACAGUCCAAAAUUGAAAGGCCAAUUGUCAGCCUGGUUAAGAGAUCACAUUCAUGUUUCCAAUAAAUUUGGAGAGACUGUUAGUGAAAUAUGCAGAUUUUUCAAAAAUGCCGAAUCUACGUUACCUCCACCAAAAUUAAAACCUUUACUAGCACAUGAGUCUAAUAAUGCAUCUAAAGAAUAUACUUCAGUCAACAUAGCAGGUGUAUCAUUUCCAUCAUCUAAAACUAGAGUAGUCCAAAAAAGUACAAAUAAAUCAGUAAAUCAAUAUCCAAACUCAAAUGAGGUGUAUGCUAAUUUUUCAAUGGAUUUUUAUAAAAAAGCUCAGACAUCUGCUUAUGUUAAUGAGUUUAAACCUAAGCAAGCAAAGGAUCUUUUUAGUGCUUUAGAUUGUAGUAACUCUUCAGCUGAAACAUCACAUUCAUUAGUUAAGAUUCACAAAAGAAGUAUAGAAGAGACAAGUAGUAUCACAGCUGUGGCCAAGAAAAAGAAAUUGAAGAUAAAGCCCUUUGGUUUUGAAGAGAAUCUUACAAGUGGUGAAACUACGAAUCCUAUACCUGUAGAGAAGGUGGCACCUACUUCUUUGAUUGACUUUGUGAAAGAAAUAAAAAUUUUGUUACAGCCUGAACAAUACAAAGAAUUUCAACAUUCAAUAUCUUCAUACAAGAAAGAAGGAAACUAUUUAAUAUUCUUACAAACAUUGAAAAACUUACUGGAAAACAGAAAAACAUUUUACUUAUUUAGAGGCAUGAAAAGAUUUUUGAAGGAGGAUCAUAAAAAAGUUUUUCAAGAAUACUGUGAUAGUGUAAAUUUUGAUAAUUAACCUUUAAAAGCAUAAUGAAAAAUAAAAUGAUAAUUAGAU